CAGGGCAAGUACAAAGGGCACUUCGACAACCUCCUCGGCACCUUGACGGAUUGGUUCACUGCCUUCGGCGACGACCCUCUGAACCAACGCUUCUGAACUGACUGGGCACGUCUCACCGAGGACCUGCUAUUCGAUGGCGAGAGCAGUCUGAAGUUCAAGCGCGAGCUUUGGAUGGACAUCCGCAAGGUCAUCGUGCCGACCAGGGUCGGCUAUGUCUGGAUUCCACGCGUCGAGUAUACCGACCACGCGCUUGACCUCGUCAUCGAGAGCCUCGCGCUCAGCGGGCGCAACCUCUUCCCGAACCUCGUCACCAUCGAGGCGCAUAACUUCCUGAAGUUCUCGCCGUAUAACGCCAUCCAAGACGAGGGCCGGCACGAGUUCAACCUGACGUUCAGCCAGAUCAAUGCGGACAUGCGUGACGUUUCAUUCUGCUUCCGCAAGAAGAGCGGGUUCUCGCAGCUCAGCGACUCGGGCAUCGCGGACGUGCUCCUUGGCGGGCAUGGUCUCACUGUUACCGCGCGUGUUGCGAGCUCGGGCAAGGACCACUCGUCUGUGGUCAAGGAUGUGCACGUCAAGGUCGACACGCUGAAGUUCAGCAUUCGCGACAACAAGCACGACCCUUUGUACAAGUCGCUCCGGCCGCUCGCGACCGGUCUUGUGAAGUAGCAGGUGCAGAAAGCGAUCGCGGACGCGGUGCGCACGGGCCUGGAGUACGUUGAUGGCCAGCUCGUAACGGUGCGCGACCGCGUGGAGGCGGCGAAGG